CACGGAGGGGCACCCAGCUGCUCGUGAAUCCACCUGGGAAAGAAACCUCUGUGCCAGUCUCAGGGUAGGUGAGAGCUUUGGCUGCAGGUGCUCACCCCCAUAGGGCUGCUCUCUGCUCUGAGUUACUGUUGUGCUGUGGGUGGGGGGAGUGCCCACAAUACCCUGUCCCAUGCCCCUAAACUCUCGGGCUUUGAUCUGAGUAGGGACCUGUUUCCAGAGAGGGGUGAGUAAUGGCCGAGGAAUUUCGACGAGCUGGCAAAACUCAUUUGGCCGAUUGCCUCCUCCUGUUUGUGCUGCCGAUCUGGCCAUCCCUGUAUUUCCAUCCAGCAGAUCCUGUGGACUGUCACUAGCUCAUCUACUGCCCUGACUCUUGCCUUUGGAGGAAACCAGUCAUGGGGGAAACGGGCAAAGAAGAGUACAAAAUACAGUCCUUCGACUCCGAGACUCAGAAGCUGCUGAAAACAGCCCUCAAAGACCCCAGUAAUGUGGACCUGGAGAAAGUGGCCAAUAUUAUAGUGGACCAGUCCCUCAAAGACUCUGUGUUCAGCAAGGAGGCUGGGCGCAUCUGCUACACCAUCAUCCAGGCAGAGAGCAAACAGGUUGGCCAGAGCAUCUUCCGGAGGAGCCUGCUGAACCGGCUGCAGCAGGAGUACAAGGACAGGGAGGAGCUGCGCACCCGCUCGCUCCAGGCCUGGACCUGCUACGUCACCUUCAUCUGCAACAUCUUUGACUACCUGAGGGUGAACAACAUGCCCAUGAUGGCUCUGGUGAACCCUGUGUACGACUGCCUGUUCCGGCUGGCACAGCCUGACAGCCUGCAGAAGGAGGAGGAGGUGGACUGCUUGGUCCUGCAGCUGCACCGCAUUGGUGAGCAGCUGGAAAAGAUGAAUUCCCAGCGGAUGGACGAGCUCUUCUCUCUCCUCCGAGAUGGUUUCCUUCUGCAGGAGGGGCUUAGCUCCCUGUCCCAGCUCCUGCUGCUGGAGAUCAUCGAGUUCCGGGCUGCUGAAUGGAAGAUGACAGACGCUGCCCAGAAAUAUUAUUACAGCGAAGUGACAGAUUAACCUCCCAUGGCACAGGAGUCCCCAGCACCUUCACCAGCAAGCUUUGUACCAAGUUGGAAUUUUUCACAUUAAUUUUCUAGCACUUCGUGUAAAUAGGAUUUAUACUGGCUAGAGCCUCUCUGCACCUGCUGUCAGAUGCAGCUGGUGCUGGUUUGACUUUGGAGGUUCAGAGCGGUGGGAAGGGCACACUUCACCCAGCAAAUUCUCCCACCGAUUUUGUCUCAAUAUUGGGCUGCUGCAAGCAAAGGGCUCGGGAGGCUUCUAGCUCACACCAGCAUUUUCUAUGAGUGUUAAGGAAAGCACAGUUUAGGCUGAGAACAUUUUGCUUCACCCCAAAGCCAGCAGAGCUGUGGGAGGCAGCAGGGAAAUCUCCCAGCUCAGGUUGUACCUGGUUCUCUGAGACAGGUCACAGAACCCACCAUGGCCUCACAAACAGCUCAACCAAGUGCUUUUUUUCCCAGACUACUUCCAGCAUGCUGGCUGCACCUGCAUGCACACAGCCUGUCCCACAGCCAGGAAUACCUGCCACGGGGCAGCUUGCUACAGGAGAGAUCCCUGAGCACAUGCAGGAACGGGUUUUAUAGGUUUUAUACAGUAACUGUCACUUUUUUUAGAAUUUUGCAGGUUUCGGCUAUGGUAUAUUUCUUAUAAAAACAAGAGAGGGAGAAAGGAAAUAAAAUAGUCUACUGAAUGAUUUUUUCCUAAUAAAAGUUUUC